GAUUGGCUGAUUCAUGAAAAAGAUGUCAUUUUUGUUUAAUUAUAAUGAAAUGACGAUGAGGGUGUGGCAGUGUGUAUCUGGAUUUUGAUCUUCUCUUUGUCCCUACUUUCUUAAACCCAUUUGAAAAUUUGCACCACUCUCCAAUCCAAUGGACCCAAUCACUAAAUUCCUUCUUAUAAAUCACUUCCAAACUAUCAGACUAGACUUUCAUCGUCUUCAACUGGAAUCUCCCUUGUCCGUACCCUAGUAGAGAGAAGAAACAAGGUAAAAGAGAUGCCGCAAAACCCAGAUCAGUAAGACCAUCUAGUACCCAGUUCAAAGGGUAGACGGAUGUGUCAACUUCCCUUAAAAAGUGCAGUGUCGGAGACAAUGAGGAUGCGCGAUGACUCCAAUUCAACUGAUUCCGAAUUGAAUAGAACUGAGAUGAAUGAUGAUGAUGAUGAUGAUGUUCAAUCGGCUCUGAAAAACCAAACAUCAAAUCAUAAUGACUACAGGAAUCCGAGUUUUGAAACCCUGCAGCUGAAAUUCCAAAACAAACCCUCUAGUGAAGUAUUGACUGGAAGGGAAAUUUGCGGAGACAGAUGUUCGAAGAUUCAGGUGGUUCUUGUUGAUCGGAAAACAGGACACAUAGUCAACUCUGGCCCCGAAUCAUCUUCAGAAGUGGAAAUUGCAGUUUCCGUUGUGAGAGGACCACUUGAGAAAGGGCUUAUAGGGAAUGUACGAUUCAACCUUGAAAAUGGAAUUGGAUUUCUCCAUAAUGUGCGGUUUACGCAUACUAAACUUUGGACUAGGAAGUGUGAAGUUCGGUUGAUUGCAAGAAUCACUGGUCAUAACAGAAAUAGAGUGGAAGAAGGAAAGAGUGAAUCAUUUACUCUCUUGGAUCAACGUUCAAAAGUGAAUGGGAAGCACGAUCCACCAACUCCAUCUGAUGAAAUCUGGCGACUGAGGGCCAUUCAGAAGGAUGGCCCAUUCCAUGGUAACUUAAAUCGAGAACAAAUUAUUACUGUAAAGGAUUUGUUGAUUCUACUCAAUACAGAUCAGCAGAAGCUGAAAGAUAUCCUUGGCCCUGGCUUCCAUGGUAACAAUUGGAACACUAUGGUGAACCAUGCUCGGAAUUGUGAAGUUGAUCAGAGUCUACUCUUGUAUUGGUCUCCCAUAUCUCUGCACAAGAUUGGGGUUGUUUUUAAUUCUGUGGGACUAUUGACUGGACUAUUUAUUGAAAACGAGUAUACUAGGGCUGAGAGGCUGCCAACAGCCCAGAAGGAUGUGGCCCUUCAACUAAUAAGAUCUGCAUUUGCCGAUGCUGAGAACAUUAGUUGUUUCGAUAAUGAGGCCUCUCUAUCCAAGACCUUUUCAGAUCUGUCAAUCGCUUCUACUGCUUUCAACAUUAUUCCUAAUUUUCAGGAGGCUAAUGGAAGCUUAGAUUUACAACAGGCUUCCUCCUUUUCUAAAACUAUCUCUGAUAAAAACCAGACACUCUGCCCCUGGUCAGAAUUGAACUAUGAUGAGUUUGAUCAUCUUGAUCAUACUAACUCAAUUUGUGAUACAGAGUCGAUGUUUCAGGCAUUCGCACAGGACGAACGCUCGAGAUUUUCUGAUGAUCACGCAGAAGUUCCAUCUUCUGCUAAUGCUGACAUUACCAUGGACGUGGUUCCGAGAAAAUGUGUUCCGAAAAGUAACAGGGCUCAUAUGAGGUGGAAAAUACUUUCUAGCGUGAUGAGGUUAGUUUCUGUUCGAAAGAAAGGUGAGGAGAAACAAGUUGGAUCUACUAGUAGUGAACAAGUUAAGUCUUCGGACUACUGUGUGGAUGAGCAUCUGCAGCUUUUGGAAUCUGAAAGCAAGGAAGACAGAGAAUCUGCUGUUAACGAGAUUCUGCGUGAUUUUACUGCUGGAGCGAUGAUGAAUAAGGCUCAGAGAAAAUAUGUCCCGAAAAGAGAUAUAGCUCAGAGAAAAUGGAGGGUGUUAUCCAGUGUAAUGAAGUUCUGCUCUUUACGCAAUGGUCGAAUGCUAAACGGGCAAACUGCUCAUUUUGGUUCAACUGAGGACAAUGAUGACGAUGAUGGUGAUGGCAGUUCAACUGCUGACUUCUGAUCAUUCUGAGUAAGAAAAUUUGCAAAGGAGGUUGUUUCGGUUGAUAGGAGUAACAUGCUUCAGUUAUUUUUAGUAUUCUUAUGAGGCUUUUAUAUCAUGUCAUCUAGAAAAGCCACCAAUUGUUAUCCCUCAUAUGACUAAACUAGUAUUACCUUAUUUUGAUGUAAUUCGGUCAAUAAAAACCAUUCUAUUGUCAUUA